AUGUCUGAUUCGGAAGAAGAUUUGGGCCUACAGUUGAAAGGCUUGAAGAUUGCAAGACAUUUGAAGAGCUCAGAAGAGCGCACCUGCCCCGGAUCCGAUUCAGGUUCCGACUCGAGCAAUCACGAUGAUUUAACCAUUAUUAAUAAUACUAAUGGUAAAGACACCUUUGUUGGUCAGGACAGGGCAGACGGAGUAUCGGAGGAGGAUUCGUUGCAUGAGGAGGAACCUGCAACAGAGGAAAGAAGUUUGCCCUCACCACAACCACAGGCUAGUACAGAUGAAGCAGAUAGCGGUACUAACCUGGACGAUGAUGCGGGUUUGCAGGAUCCUUUUAGUUCUGUACAAGAUCCUGAUCCGUUCGCGGAUAAAAAGUCUAGAGAUGGUUCUGACUCCGGCUCUGAUUCCGAUGAUGGCUGGCAAGAGAUGCCUGCCAUAUCAUCAUUCAAUAUAUACAACAAUAAAGGUGAACUAGAGCUGACGUCCAAGGUAAGAGACCCAGAGCUCCCCCUUAACACUACUACUACAGUUCUCUCCGCAAAGAACUCAAAAAAUAUAAACGAUUCCAGAUUCGAUUAUACGAAAAUGGCGGCAGAACAGCAAGCUCAGCGAUCUUAUCGAACAAAUAAGAGGACAGAUUUCCUUUUCGACCAUAAGGUUCUGAAGAAAAAACUGAAUAAUUCACAAAAUUCCAUUAGCCUAACCUCUUCCCCUUCGACUACAUCAUUGAAUAAUGACAACAAUAACAACGACGAUGGUGAAGAUUCGUAUGAUGAAUAUGAAGACGAUGUAGAACCGGUUAGUGACUUAGACCGUGAUUCCCAGCUAAACAUAACGAAAAACCUAUUAAAUGAUAUGGAGAAGUUUGCAUAUAUAGGUGCAAUAAAUAUUCUUGCAAACCAAAUGUGUACAGAUUUAGCCACGCUAUGCCUUUGUAUUGACAUCAAAUCCCACAAAAAAUUAGCACAUCGACUACAAUUCACCCAAAAGGAUACGGCUGCGUGGAAAACCGUGGUUUUAUCAAGGCUAUAUGAUCAUUUAGGCAUAUCCUCAGAAGAAAUCGCAAUGAUCGAGAAACUUUCCUUGCACAAGAUCGAACUAGCAGAUCUAUGUAAGUGUUUGAAGACCACCCAAAGCAUAGACAAUCCAUGGGAGGAUUGUCCGGGCUAUGAUGAAAGUGUUCAAGAUGAAACGAUAAAAGAAGAGUCUUCCAAGGAACAAAAUGACGCGACACUGCCCACCACGCCCAGGCAAGAACAACAAACUGAAAAAUCGGAGGAGUCGAAUGUUGAAGGAUCUUCAUCGCCUUUGAAGGUUUCAUCAAAGGUACUCGACCCUGAGAAUGUCAAAGAUCAAGAUAAACUAAAUGUAGACGUGGCGUGGACCAUUAUAUGUGACCUCUUCUUGAUAUGUUUACAGUCUUCCACCUAUGAUUCAAGAUCAAGAACUUUGUUAAUCAGUUUUGCUAAAGCCCUGAAUAUGACAAAUCUAGAAAUCUGUGAAUUUGAAAGGCGUGUAACAGACUCCCUGGACAUGGAGCAGUCGACAGAAGAUCAGGUAUGGGAUGAGCAAAACCACAUGAAGAAUAGAAGAAAAAGUAAGAGAAGAAAGAAAAUGGCAUAUGUGGCGCUGGCUAUGGUAGGCGGUUCAUUGAUUCUUGGUUUAAGUGGUGGUUUAUUAGCACCCGUCAUAGGUGGUGGGAUUGCAGCCGGUUUAUCAACGAUAGGGAUCACCGGUGCCACAGGUUUUUUAACUGGGGUUGGUGGUACUGCUGUGGUUGCAGUAUCAAGUACAGCUAUUGGUGCCAACAUUGGUGCUAGAGGUAUGUCCAAGAGAAUGGGAAGUGUGCGAACUUUUGAAUUUAGGCCAUUGCAUAAUAAUAGAAGAGUUAAUCUAAUCUUAACCGUGUCAGGUUGGAUGGUUGGUAACGAGGAUGAUGUCAGAUUACCGUUUUCCACGGUGGAUCCUGUUGAAGGUGAUUUAUAUUCUUUGUAUUGGGAACCAGAAAUGCUGAAGUCCAUCGGUCAAACCGUUAGUAUUGUGGCCACUGAAAUCUUUACUACAUCACUUCAGCAAAUUUUAGGUGCCACUGUUCUAACGGCACUGAUCAGUUCCGUUCAAUGGCCAAUGGCCCUGUCGAAACUAGGUUACAUCUUGGAUAACCCUUGGAAUGUCUCCCUGGAUAGAGCUUGGUCUGCAGGCAAAAUUCUCGCAGACACUUUGAUUGCAAGAAAUCUAGGCUCACGCCCGAUUACGUUAAUCGGUUUUUCGAUAGGUGCGAGAGUUAUUUUUUCUUGUUUAAUUGAGUUAUGCAAGAAAAGGGCUUUAGGUUUGAUCGAAAAUGUGUACCUUUUUGGUACGCCAGCUGUCAUGAAAAGGGAACAGUUAGUCAUGGCAAGAUCUGUCGUUAGCGGGAGGUUCGUAAAUGGCUAUUCAGAUAAGGAUUGGUUUUUGGCGUACUUAUUUCGAGCUGCUGCAGGUGGAUUUAGUGCUGUUAUGGGAAUAUCAACCAUAGAAGAUGUUGAAGGUUUCGAGAAUGUCAAUUGUACCGAAUUAGUUGACGGUCACCUAAAUUAUCGUAAAAAUAUGCCCAAAUUAAUGAAGAAAAUCGGUAUUGCUGUUUUAAGUGAAGAUUUUAUUGAAAUCGAAGAAAUGAUGAACCCAGAAGAAGUCAAGAGACAAAGAAAACUGGUAAGCGAUGUCGAUGCAGCGCAAAAGAAAUUAAACGAAAGGAAAAAGCACAAUAGCUGGGUGCCGAAAUGGCUAAAACCCAAAAAAUCUAAAUGGAAGGUUAUGGUCGAAGAAGCUGUCGAAGAAGGAAGAGAUAUGCAAGACCUGCCAGAAACAGAUGCCAACAAUAAUGAAAGCGAAACCCAAGAUGAGAAUACAAAGCCAAAACGUAAAGAUGCCGCCCUUGUCGAUCAUGGGGCAUUAAUGCAUGAAUUAGAGCUUAUAAAACAGGCAAUGCGUGAAGACGAAUCAAAGAAAAAGAAUCUGCCAGCUGAAGACACGAAUGGAGCGGAAGCUUCAACUGAAUCUUUAGACGAAACCCAGCUCAGACCACCAUCAACACCAAGAAUAAAUCCACCACAGAGUCCUAAUCAUUUUCAAUUAUUAAGCGCUGGAAGAACCAUUCUCCCGGAGGAUGAUGAAAUGAAUUCUCGAGAAAAAAGAAGGAUGGAAUUUUCUUUUCCAGAUGAUAUAUAG